CAAAAUAAAAUUAUGUCUUCGGUGUUGUUUACAUGUUGAGGAACUUGGAUACACAACCUGCAACUUUGUGGAGUACGAAAUUUAUCUGUUUCAACCAUGGAUUCAUCGCGGAAGCCUUUAGCUACUCGGAGCAACUUAAGCCGCCUUCCACUUCCUGGGAGUCGCCAGAAGAGAGCAAGAAGUCCUGAAGAUGAGGUGGUGAAUGUCCCUUCAGGAGGAAAAAAAUCUCGACUUGAGGUGCCACCGCCAAAUCAGACAACAAAACCUGCCAGAUCCUUGUCAUCAUCAACUCUCACAGCAGCAAGGAAUUCAGCUGCAGCUAGGUCCAAACUGAAAAGAACUGAGUCUAGCUCUUCUGUCAACAAAAGAUCAACUGCUCCUGUGACGAGCAAAAACCUACGCACAACUGAAGUGCAGAAAAGUUUUAAUUUUAGGGCCCCUGCCAAACCUCAGACGUCUAUGACUGUCCGCCCCCGAGCCCCUCCUACUUCUGCGGCUUCAAAGGCUGUGAAUCAGAGUCUCAAUGCUACAGUGGUCAGCACAGGGGCCCCCAAGAAGAGGCCAGCAUGGGAUCUCAAGGGCAGGCUUCAGGAUAUGGAAGCGCAUAUGCAGCGCCAAGCAAAGGACAGUUCUUCAUUACAGGGCCAGCUUACACAGUACAAUGACCGUAUAGUUCAGCUCGAGUCACAGAAUCAAAAGCUCAGUGGAGAUGUUGUGGAGAAGGAGAUGGCAAGUGAAACUGCUGUGAAGGAGAUACAAGAACUGAAGAACAAACUGAAUGCCGCAGAACAAGAAUUUGAAACGACGAAGAGAACUUUGCAGCGUGAAAUUGACGACUUACAGUUUCAAAAGUCCACUCUUGAUCGUCAGAAGAUUACCUUAGAGGGGGAACUUGCAGCAUCGAUGAAAGAAAUCAGUGGUCUCAAAGCAACAGUAGCAGAAAUGACCUCAGCACAAGCGACUGUCAGGGCAGAGCUGGAGACCGCAAAGCUCCAGCUAGACGCUGCUUUUAAAGAUAUCAGUAAUCUCAAGCAGACUGUUCAAGACAGGGACAAUACGUUGAAGAUUCGUGAUGAGAGUAUAGAGUCUUACCAAGAAAAAGAAAGGAAUCACGAAACUGAGAGAAGGAAGCUGCACAACACCAUUCAAGAGCUCAAGGGCAAUAUCCGUGUCUUUUGCCGAAUUCGUCCUUUGCUUGGGGAUGAGCUACUUGGAAAUGAUGGGGUGAUAAACCACAUGAACUUUCCAGACAUGGACGGCAAAGUCUUGGAGAUGGACAAAUUGUCAGACAUGUCUGUGAAUGAGAGUGUUCUGAAUUCUACGAAAGGGGGACGAGCUGUGUCGAAGUAUGAAUUUUCGUUUGAUCGAGUUUUUCAACCAGAGUCGUCCCAAGCUGAUGUGUUUGAAGAAAUUUCACAACUGGUCCAGAGUGCUCUCGACGGCUACAAUGUCUGCAUAUUUGCGUAUGGGCAGACUGGGUCGGGAAAGACCUUCACAAUGGAAGGUUCAUUGCAGAGUGACGAGACUCUUGGAAUGAUCCCUAGAGCUGUGAGGCAGAUCUUCUCCUCAGCCUUGCAUCUGCAGCAGAAAGGAUGGAAGUACACUUUCCAAGCAGCCAUGCUUGAGAUUUACAAUGAAACGAUCCGUGAUCUUUUGGGCAAGGGCAAAGAGGAGAAACAUGAAAUCAAAAUGUGCGGCAAAGGAGACUCUGACGUGUAUGUCUCUGGUCUUACAGUAGUGGACGUGACUUCGGAGGAUAAGGUUUUGAAUCUGCUGAGGAAGGCAACAGAAAACCGAGCUGUGGCUGAGACAAAGUGCAAUGAGCGCUCAUCUCGAAGCCACUCUGUAUUUCAGCUGAGGCUUACUGGGGAAAACAGUAUCACCGGGGAGUCCUGCAAAGGAAUCCUGAAUCUUGUUGACCUAGCAGGGAGUGAGCGGGUCAAGGACUCGGGCUCAGAAGGUCAAAGGUUGAUAGAAGCACAAAACAUCAACAAAAGCCUGAGCAAUUUGGGGAAUGUCAUCAUGGCUUUGGGGAACAAGGACAAGCAUGUGCCCUACAGGAAUUCAAAACUCACUUACCUCUUGCAAAAUUCCCUUGGCGGAAACAGCAAAACACUGAUGUUUGUUAAUGUUUCUCCUAAAGAAGAGUGCUUCGGUGAAUCGCUCAACUCCCUCCGAUUUGCCACCAAGGUGAACCAGUGCAAUAUUGGGACAGCUCAGAAGAAGAAGUAGAGGCAUGGGCUGCUAUGCAUGCUGUCAGACUACCGUACAUAUGCGUAGUAGCAUAACGACAUCGUUGUUGUGGACAAGUACAAGCAUCCUCGACCCAAGACAAGAGCCCAAAGACUUCGGGCAGCAUUCACAAUUCUCAUCUCAAGGUGAUGACGACUCUUAGCUGUCUGCAUCUUGCUGAAACUACUCCACUCCAGAAUAAACUUUCUAUUUGUUACUUUUUUUUUUCUCUCUGUUCACAGGAUCUUUGUAUUACAUUUCAUGAUUUAAAGUUUGAUCAGUUUUUCUGUGAGGUUUAAUCUUUUAUAUUAAUUUUUUGAACAUUUAUUCUUACAGGCAGCAUUUGUUGUUUUAUUUUCUUUGGUCUGAUCAUAGUAAAAAGAAAAUCGUGUACUGUUGGGGAAAUAUGAUGAAAUGAAUCAAAUUUGGUGAUAGAUGCUUCAAAAUUCAUUGUUAUAGUUAUUAUAGAGGUACAUAUAUGACAUUUUUAUGAAUUAAAAUUAACACAAUGAUGAUCUGGCUUAUUCUGAAAAAUACAUUUUAGAAACUUCCUUCACCUGACUAAAGACUUAGGGCACACUUUAUUGAGAAAUGAGUUGUAUAAUAUUUGCCCUGAAAUUAUGACUGAUGCCACACCCGCCAACUGGUCAUUUCUGUGAUGCAACAGAAUAAUGGUUCGAUGACAUGAUGACACACUGAAGGUGCUUUGUGUUGACAAAGCGUGGCCUCAGAACUAUUUUGUCGACAGUGUACUUAAAUAUAGAGGCACUUUGGACGAAAUAGUUCUAAGGCGACGAAAGGCUGAUUGUUUGGCUACUGUUUCUGUAUAAAGUUAUGUACAUAUAUAUUUCAUUAUAAUUAUUAUAAGUCUGUGGAAUAUAGUGUGCAGCUUGUCUUAUUGAGUUUAUGUUUGUAUUUAAUAUCUUAAAUGACACUAGAUUCUAUAUCUUGUUCUUCUGCCCAGUUCUCGAUGUUUUUGUCUCUUCAGACUUCUGGUCAUUAUGGUUUGCUUCUGUUGAAUCCAGACUCUUUGUCUUACCUGAUGCUGUGCUUUGUGCGAGAGGUUAGAGGGCACUGCAACAAGCAGUGGCAGGUUCUUCUACUUCUUUCUCUUUUAUUUCUGUCUAUCUUUCUUUUUCCCAGCAUUCAACGUGCCAUGACUGCGAAGAUGUUCCUCUUUGUCCUCACAUUAAACUGAGCUGUGCUUUACA